GACUAUCUCAUCCGUGCCCAAGGAAGCUCCUCCACUUGGCAGGUGAUAUUUUGGUGGACGACAAAGAAGGAGAACAGCACGUAGCAACGCACCUCUCCUUUUUUCCUUCCGUCAUUCGCUGCUUCGAGGUGACAGCUAACGGUUUCAUGGCUUCCACUCGUGCAAUGAUGGACUCAAACGCCUCACCGUUUUACGGCAAGGUGAUGCUUGCACCGAUGGUGCGGGUAUGCAGCGCGGGGUUUCGCGCCCUGUGCACGCGGCACGGCGCCGAUCUCGUUUUCACCGAGGAAGUGGUCGCUGCGAAGCUGGCGACCUGCCAGCGGGAAGUCGUGUCGUACCCGACCGUGGAUACCCCCAUGGCGGAGUACGUCUCGUACGACGCAUUCCAGAACGCCUACAAGCGUACAGUGGUGCUCGCCACCCCGGUGCGCAGUCCACCCUCCUCCGUCGAGACCGUUGCCCGCACCUCAGCGGAAAGGACGCCCCGGGUGAUUUUGCAGCUGGGCGUGGCAGACCCCGCUCGAGGGGCCGCGGCCAUCGCCGCCUGCAGCGACGACGUCGACGGCGUCGACAUCAAUAUGGGCUGCCCCAAAAAGUUCAGCGUCCGCAACGGGUUCGGUGCGGCGCUGAUGAAGAAGCCGGCGGUGGGCGGGGCGAUCGUGCGGGCCGUGUACGACGCGGCCAACAACGAGGCGGCUGUGGCGGCCCGUGGCGGGCGCCGCCUCCUCGUGAGCAUCAAAACGCGUCUGAAAGAGACCGCAGAGGAGACGGUGGCGAUGCUGCGAGCGGUACUGACCGCCGCCCAGCACACCCCGGCGCACUUUGUGGUGCACGCCGUUACUCUGCACGCCCGCACGCCGGACCAGCGCUCCGAGCAGCCCCCGCUGUACGAGCGCGCCGCCGCGGUGGUGCGAAGCUGCAAAGCCGAUCCGUGCUUUGCAGGCGUCUGCUUUGUGCUGAACGGGUCCGUCUUGUCGCGCGAGGAUGGAGUGGCGAAGUGCGCGCACUACGGGUUUGACGCAUCCAUGAUCGCACGCGCCGCUCUCGAGGAUGCGCGCUGCUUCCACCACUCGACGUCCUCGGCUGCCUGCGCGAGGGUCACACGUUCUCCGCAGGCGGCAGAGGACUAUGCGAUGGCGAUCAUGAAGGAGCUGUACUUGUACUCCGUGAGAUACCGCACCGUCUUCAACAACUUCAAGUAUCACCUCACCCGCGCCUUCCCCAUCGUCCCGGCGCUGAAGCCGCUGAUGGCGGUGGUCCAGUCCGAUCUGCGCAGCUACGCCGACUGCUACGACUUCUUUGACGUGACGGCCGAGGAGAAGAUGCUGGUGGAGAAGUGUGCGCAGCACUUGGAGCUGCUGGCCGAGAGGCCUCCUGCGUCGCGAAAGCGAGAGGCGUCAGCGGAGGCAGCCACUACGGCGGUGGAUGCCGAACCCGCCAAUAAAGCGCCGCGGCUGGAGGGCGAAUCAUGCUGA